GUACGCAAUGCUAUGGCCGAGGAUCCCGCAAUCCGCGCCCUGUUUGGACCGGCGCCUGCAACUGUCAACCUAAAUGCGAGCGCCGUGGCUGUUAAUAAUGGCGCUGUCAUUGCCAUGCUGUCUCUGGCAGCGGUGGCAGUUAUGCUGCGCUUCAUCGCGCGACUUGUUCUCCGCAAUGCCCUCAUGGCGGAUGACUGGGCCAUUAUUGCUGCCUUGAUCUGCAUUGGCGCUACUACCGGCUUGAGCAUUGCAGGAGGCGCUACCGGGGCUGGAAGGCACAUCUGGUCUGUUACACUGGAAGAGCUGAUGCACUUGUAUAGGGUCAGUUCAAGACUUCCUUCCCAACCCGCACUCUUAUUUUCCUACACAUUCAUCUACGCCGCCUCUUGCACCUGCACCAGACUCUCUAUUCUCUUCUUCUAUUGGAGAGUCUUCUCGCCUCUGAAACCAUUUUUAAGAGUAGCGCUCAUCUUCGGAGCAUUCCUCACGCUAUCCUAUCCUAUCAUCGUCUGGGUGACCAUGAGCAACUCCUGUAAACCCGUCACUUACUUCUGGACACAAUUCAGUGGGACCAGUGGGCAGUGCAUCGACGUCGACCGCUUCUUCCUGGCAGCGGGUAUACUCAACAUGCUCAAUGAUUUCAUUAUCCUAAUCAUUCCCUUCCCUCGCAUUGUCAAAUUGCAGAUGAGUGUCCAGAAAAAGGUGGCAAUUAGUGGGAUUAUGGCCGUGGGCAUCUUUGUCUGUAUCGCCAGUAUCGUCCGCAUCCGGUAUCUGUCCAUUUUUAUGAGCUCGGUGGAUCUGACCUGGCUCAUGGGGCCAGUCUUCAUCUGGUCGAGCAUUGAACCCUCGGUCGCGGUUGUCUGUGCCUGCAUGCCUCAUCUCGCCCCCCUGGCACGGCUUGCGCACCGGUCCAUUUCGUCCAGCUUUCAUUCUCGCCGAUCGGCCACCGAGUCAUCAGGCAAACCACGAAGGCACCGAAGAGAGUCACGGCAGGGAGUGCAGAAGGGACAUCGAUCCAGUCAUUGGGGUCCGACCUUUGACUUCGGAUUUGAGCAACUGAAGAAGACGGCCAACGAUGACGAGAUCGGACUCACCAACUUUGUCACGGCCGGACCUAUCAUAGGCAAAGACUCGUCGAUAGAGUCAGUGUUGGAGGCGUAUGCUCGUGAUCACGAGAUUGCCGUGCAGUCCAGUUUUGUACAGUCAUCCUCGCAGAAACAUGCGCUGUAG